AUGGCAACGGCACACACUAUCCAAAUCACUCCCGACAAUACUGGGCUAUGGAAGAUUCAACAGGACGAAGCCGCGGCGAAGAAAGCUACUGAACUGUUGCAGGAAGACAUCGAGAAACAUCAUGUGUUCUUCAAUGAUACGGGCUACCAUAAUCAUAUAAGUCAUCACAUCCUAGCCUUAUACGGCACAGGCGCCUCACCCGAGAUUCUGAAGAAAGCCUAUGACGUGAACAAGACGUACCAAAGGCCAGCUAAAAAUAUCCGUGAGAAUGUCGUCGAAGAGCUCGGGGACUGGGAGAAAACUAAGAAGUAUCUUGGUAAAGGAGGAUAUUACAACGAGUUCCUGGUCUUUUUUCAAAAUGAAAUCGACAAACUAGGCUGGGAGAAGACACUUAGUGAACACAUGUUCAAGGGCGAUGAGAGAAGUGAAGACAUGCUGCUUCGAAUGGUCGGUGGAUUCUUUCACCCCAUAAUCCAGCUAAUGUACGGCAUCGAGUGGAAACAACCUGCCAUAGUCGCCAUGGCUCUGGCCCAAGCAGCCGUCCAUAAAGAUGACCUAAGGAAGUUUCUAUAUACGACCGAAGAAGCUGCAAAGUCAAAUACAGAACCCAUGCCCAGUAUCGAGAGCCUACUAAGGGAAGUUAAGGCGAACGAAAAGCUCGUAACUUCUAUUUACGGCACAGAUGAGCCAACCAAAAUUAGUAAGGGCGUCUUUGGUAAAGCAUGGGACGAGAUUGUCGAGCUAGCGAGCAGGGUGAAGGUCAAGCCGGAAGAACUAGACGAGAAGAAUGCCGAGAUGUAUCACGUAGCCGUAUACGAAGGUGCCUCCGCAGCUUUCUAUCCUGGCAAGGAGCCUAAGUUCGACUUCUUCAUUAUGCACCACAUCAAUAUUAACCCCAUUUACAUCAUCCUGAAUGGCUUGGACUGGAUCCCAAUCGAAAGUAAAGUGAGGCUCCUCGAAUGGAAAAUACGACUCGACCUCGUCCAAUACGCAGCCGCAGGCUGUCCACCCCUUGAACUCGACAAUAUCGCCGCAUACGUCCCGCGGGCUGGAAAACUGACUCCGGCAAAUGAACAACUCCCUAUAAUGCACACCCUGGAAGAUGACGGUCACGGCAUCAAGCUCUCCCGCGCCGUCAGCAUCGGCCAGACUCUAAGCGAGAAGUACGAGGACAAGCCGUGGAUUAGGAUCAAGGGGGACAUGUGGACGAGGAUUGCCCACCUCGUCGUCGACUCGUUCCAGACGGAACCACGUUGGGUACGUGGUGCGGGCGAGGAUGAGGCGUGGGAUGUUAUUCCGGAUCGGGUGGAUGGUGCUAGUGGUGUCAAUGGCAAGAAUGGGAUUUCGGAUAAGCUUGAUCAGUCAGCGAAAGCCACAAAUGGCGAAGAAGCGCUUAAUAGUGGCAAGAUCUACUCCGUAUCCGGACCCGUCGUGGUGGCCGAGGAUAUGAUCGGAGUUGCCAUGUACGAGCUUGUGAGAGUCGGUCACGAUAACUUAGUCGGUGAAGUCAUUCGAAUCAAUGGUGACCAAGCCACCAUCCAAGUUUAUGAAGAGACCGCUGGUAUAACUGUGGGCGACCCCGUCUCCAGAACCGGUAAACCUCUUUCCGUCGAACUCGGUCCCGGCUUAUUACACAACAUCUACGAUGGAAUUCAACGACCUCUCGAGAAGAUCGCCCAACAGUCCAACAGCAUUUACAUCCCUCGCGGUAUUUCUGCGCCUGCUCUCGACCGAACUAAGAAGUGGGAGUUUACACCUACCUUAAAGGUCGGCGACCACAUCUCGGGUGGUGACGUCUGGGGAUCCGUCUUUGAGAACUCUUUCAUUAAGGUACACAAGAUCCUACUUCCGCCACGAGCAAGGGGAACUAUCACCAGAAUCGCUGGAAAGGGUGAAUAUACUGUGGACGAGAAGAUCCUCGAGGUCGAGUUCAAUGGCACUAAGACCGAGUAUGGCAUGAUGCACACCUGGCCAGUCCGUGUCCCUCGACCCACGACCGAGAAGCUCUCCGCCAACAAACCCUUCAUUGUCGGUCAGCGAGUUCUGGACGCCCUUUUCCCUAGCGUACAAGGCGGUACCGUGGCCAUUCCUGGUGCUUUCGGAUGUGGCAAGACUGUCAUUUCGCAGUCCGUCUCCAAGUUUUCCAACAGCGACGUCAUCGUGUAUGUCGGAUGUGGUGAGCGCGGUAACGAGAUGGCAGAAGUCUUAAAGGAUUUCCCCGAGUUAUCUAUCGAGGUUGAGGGCCGCAAGGAGCCUAUCAUGAAGCGAACAACCCUGAUCGCCAAUACCUCUAACAUGCCCGUCGCCGCCCGAGAAGCUUCUAUCUACACGGGUAUUACUGUCGCCGAGUACUUCCGUGACCAGGGCAUGAACGUGGCUAUGAUGGCUGACUCGUCAUCUCGAUGGGCCGAAGCCCUGCGUGAAAUUUCCGGCCGUCUCGGUGAAAUGCCUGCUGACCAAGGUUUCCCUGCGUAUCUUUCUGCUAAGCUAGCCAGUUUCUACGAGCGUGCAGGAAAGACGAGCUGUCUAGGCUCCCCCGAGCGCGAGGGCAGUGUCAGCAUCGUCGGUGCCGUCAGUCCUCCAGGUGGUGAUUUCUCCGAUCCCGUUACCAGUUCGACACUCAGUAUCGUCCAAGUGUUCUGGGGUCUCGACAAGAGACUCGCGCAGCGGAAACACUUUCCGUCCAUCAACACGUCGCUAUCAUACAGCAAGUACACGAACACGCUGGACAAGUGGUACGAGAAGGACUACCCCGAGUUCCCACGGUUACGUGACCGUAUCAGGCAGCUUCUAACAGACUCGGAGGAGCUGGACCAGGUGGUGCAGCUGGUCGGUAAAUCAGCGUUGUCGGACCCCGACAAGAUUACGCUGGACAUUUCGACACUUCUAAAGGAGGACUUCCUACAACAGAACGGAUACUCGGAUUACGACCAGUUCUGCCCUAUCUGGAAGACGGAAUGGAUGAUGAAGCUUAUGGUCGGCUUCCAUGACGAGGCGCAGAAGGCUGUUGCACAAGGCCAGAGCUGGUCUAAGGUUCGCGAGGCUACGAGUGACCUCCAGGCGCAACUGCGAAGUCUCAAGUUUGAGCUCCCGAGCGAGGGUCAGGAAGCAAUUAGUAAGAAGUACGAGGCUAUCCAGCAGACUAUGCUGGACAAAUUCGCCGCCGUUAUGGACGAGUAA